GGGUCCUUCCUCGCAGCUCCGCGGCAGUCUCGCAGCAGUCGCUCGUCGGGAGCGUUUUAAUAUUUGCCGUUUUUGCGGAUUUUCCAUUCAUAUUUUGAUCUCCCUGCUGACUGGUCGUCGGGUUUGUGUUUGUGCCGCAGCAGAGAUGAAUCUGGAGUUGCUCGAGUCGUUCGGGCAGAAUUAUCCAGAGACACACACACACACACACAUAGACGUGUCCCUCACUGAGUGUCUGCUGUGGUUCAGCUGGAGCAGAGAUGGACACAAGCUGGUGAGUGCCUCCACGGAUAACAUCGUGUCUCAGUGGGACGUCCUGACAGGAGACUGCGACCAGCGCUUCCGCUUCCCCUCGCCCAUCCUCAAGCUGCAGUACCACCCCAGAGACAUGGACAAGGUUCUGGUGUGUCCCAUGAAGUCUGCGCCGGUCCUGCUCACGCUGUCCGACGCCAAACACGUGGUGCUUCCGGUGGACGACGACUCCGACCUGAACGUGGUGGCGGCAUUCGACCGGCGCGGAGACUACAUCUACACCGGCAACGCCAAGGGGAAGAUUCUGGUGCUGAACACAAACAAGCAGGACCUCGUGGCAUCGUUCAGAGUGACCACAGGAACCAGCAACACCACCGCCAUCAAAUCCAUCGAGUUCGCACGCAAGGGCAGCUGUUUCCUCAUCAACACAGCGGACCGCAUCUCCGCGCUCUGUCGCAGGACUCCGUGGAAGCGCUGCUGUUUCUCCGGUGACGGUGAGUAUAUCGUGGCAGGAUCGGCGCGGCAGCAUGCGCUCUACAUCUGGGAGAAGAGCAUCGGGAACCUGGUGAAGAUCCUCCACGGGACGCGAGGAGAGCUGCUGCUGGACGUCGCCUGGCAUCCGGUGCGUCCGAUCAUCGCCUCCAUCUCCAGCGGCGUGGUGUCCAUCUGGGCUCAGAACCAAGUGGAGAACUGGAGCGCGUUUGCGCCGGACUUUAAAGAGCUGGACGAGAACGUGGAGUACGAGGAGAGAGAAUCUGAGUUUGACAUCGAGGACGAGGACAAGAGCGAGCCGGAGCAGACCGGAGCGGACGCUGCCGAGGACGAGGAGGUGGAUGUCACGUCAGUCGAUCCCAUCCCAGCAUUCUGCAGCAGUGACGAGGAGCUGGAGGACUAUAAAGCGCUGCUGUAUCUGCCCAUCGCUCCGGAGGUGGAGGACCCUGAGGAGAACCCGUUCGGCCCUCCGCCCGACGCCACGGGUCAGAAUGCCACGCCCGACGAUGGCUCCGCCCACAGCGGCCCCGGUGACAAAAAGCAGCGGCAGCCGUCGUCCGACGGAGGGCCGCCCAAGAAGAAGAUCCGCACCACCACCAUCGAGCUGCAGGGCGUCCCGAACGACGAGGUCCAUCCGCUGCUGGGUGUGAAGGGCGACAGUAAGUCCAAGAAGAAGGCAGCGGGGCGGCCCAAGGGAUCGAAAGGUAAAGACAAAGACUCUCCGUUCAGACCCAAAGUCUGCUGGGACAGAGCAGAGGGGCUGGGGACGCCAGGAAAUCUGGUCUCGUCGAUGUACAAGCAGCAUGAGGUUCAGGGUUUGGACUGAAGCUGAAGGCCUCUGGCGCCCCCUGUCUGUGUGGAUGAAUGACGAUGCUCUUUUAUGGACUCUACGGACUGUACUUGUGUUGCAUUUUUACAGAAGGACCUUACAGCUCAAUGAAGCACUCAAUUGAAAUCUAAUCAGUUUCCUUGCAUAUAGAGAGAGUGAUAGGAGGAGGGAAUCAUGUAUUUUUUAUUUAGAGUAGAUGGAUCCGUGUCUGUGUAUAAGCACUAGUUGGGUCAGAUGUCUUAUAUUUGUUUUGAGUUUUGUUUUUUCUGAGACUGGUCGUGUUUUUCUUUUUUAUAUACAUAUUAAACCAGUUUUGUGUUUUGAGAGUGGUGUGCGUGUGUUAAAUGUGUUUUGGUACAAUAAUAUAGUUAUGAAGGACAUCUGUGGAAUAAAUCAACCGGGUGAGCCUCCAUUUUGUUUCCUGCACUGACAGUUUCCGUCCAGCAGGAGGCGUCAGCGGCGCGGGAAUGAAAGAGCAAGAGAAAGACAUUUUUCUGUUAUUCGGUUCCAUUUUGUGCUUUUCUACUGUUGGAUUCCAUUUUGUGUUUCUAUGUUUUAUUCACAAACAUCUAAAGACUGAAAGUCAGACGAAAGUAAAAUGAGCAUCUGAGA